CCCAGCGUCCUCGUCCUCGUCCUCGUCCUCGUCCUCGUCCUCGUCCUCGUCCUCGUCCUCGUCCUCCGCCUAAGGAACUGCUGCCAUUCCAGCGGUCCUGGCAGAAUGUAGGGUGAGCUAUACAACGUCGAAGCUCAAGGAGGAGACAACUCGAGCAGAAGAACUGAAGAACUUGCGGUUGGAAGAAAACGACUCAUGCUCUGAUGCAUUCUGAUGGGAUGAGCAAGAGGAACUCAUGGUGCGGCUGAGCGAGUGAGCGAGGGAGUGAUGGUGAUGGAGGGAGAUCCUUCCGACAGCAUACUGGAGGCGCAUUUGGAGGAUCAGCCCGGCUUCACCUCCGAUGACAAGGAAGUCAUGGACAUCCUGAACGAUCCAGACUCCAUCAAGGAGGAGCUGGUGAGGUAUGGAGACGAUGACGUGAUAGGAGACGCGCUGAAGGUGGGAGGAGGCGACUUGUGGCAGUAUGCGCAGAAGCUGGAAGCAGACCUUCGACAGACGGAAGCAGAGAGCAUUGAAGACUACGUGAGGCAGAGCUCUGGAGUGGCAGAGCUGCGACUGCACAUCGAGGCAUGCGACGAGAUGCUGAAGACGUUCGAGGACGUGUUGACGACCUGCCAGUCGGAGCUGGGGGGGAUGGGAAACACCAUCAUGGACAUGAAGCGACGGGCCAACUCGCUGGAAGUGCUUGCGAACAAUCGCAAGAGCGCGGAGCAGAGGCUCGCAGCUCUCAUUGACGGGAUCGCGAUGCCUCCUGGGCUGGCAAGAGCGAUCCACGAAGGGGAGAUCAACGAUGGUAUGAUAGAGCAUCUGCAGACCCUAGAGGCGAAACUCAGCUUCCUUGAUCCGCACCUGAACAAGGGCCGAGUUGCUGUCGACCACGUGAAGCCGCUGCUGGAUCGUUUGAAGUCCAAGGCUGUAGACCGACUGAGGGAUCACCUGCUGAGAAAGAUCCGCAGCCUUGACUCUGAUCAUCCCUUCCUGCACACCUUCAACCUGAGCCACUCACAAGGCUCGUCGGCCAUCAAGAAGCAACAUCAAGAGGGUCAAGACAAGCUGAGGAAGGAUUGCGCGUUUGUCAAGUUCCUCCUCGACCAUCACGAGGAAGUCUACCGGGAGGUGAUGAGCAAGUACUUCGAGACCAUGGGAGGGAUCCUGUCGGCGCACUUCCGAUCGGAGUUCCGAGUGCGUCAGAGCUCCAUCAGAGAGGUCAUCCGUGCGGACCAUCGACUUAUCGACAUCUCCGAGGUCAAGAGCAGGUUCCCCUCCAGGCUCAUCCCCGACAAGUUGAAGUCCUUCCACUUCCGGUCCGAGAGGGGCCAGUCUGACCACUCGACUUUCUCGCUGGGAGGAAGGCUGGACCAUAUUAUGCAGUAUGUGGAGUGUGAUGAGGAGGAGGGCGUCUCUUCGCCGCCGGAGCUUGUCUUGCAAGCGAUUAUGCAGAAUCUGGUCGACAUGGUGCUGUCGGAGCAUGAGUUUGCCUCUUCUCUCUUCCCACGGAGAUCGAAGGAGAUGUACGCGAAGCUCCUCAGCCAGACCCUCGAGGUCAUCAAGGAGGGUGUGAGCGUCAUGGUCAAGAGCUGCGUCGACCCCAUCGCCAUCCUUCUCAUGAUUUACUGCGUCCAAGUUGCUCAGUCGAAGAUCUCAGAGAAGAUGAAUGUCGCCGAAGAAGCAGGUGCGGCGGAGGAAGAAGAUAUCUUUCAGGAUUUCUUUCUCCAGUUCUCCAUGCUGGUAUGGCCCAGGUUCAAGCACGCGGUCCAGCUACAGAUGGACUCGGUCAGGUCGGCGAGUCUCCAUGCUCUCACCAGCCGAAGCUCUACGAAGGACGUCCAUGUCCUCACGUUGCGGUUUGCAGAGCUCAGCUCGGCCCUGCUGGACAUCCAGACGCGUCUGAACGCGAACUCAGUGCAGAUGGCGAAAGCGACGAACAAGUACAUGAUCAAAGAGCUGGAGAAGGUGGUCAAGGAGAUGAAGAACGCCAUGGGCUCUGGACUGCAGGGGAAUUUCUUUGCCUUCAACCAGUUCGAUCAUAUCUUGCAGGCCUACUAUGAGAUUGGCCUGCCUGCGCAGUCUUGCCUUCCUCUCCGAAUGCUCUUGGAUGAGCAAACCAAUGUCUUGAUCCCCGCAGUCCUGGGAAAGAGAUUUUUGGAAUUGAGCGCCGAGAUGAAGAGAUACUUGCAAGUGGAGGAGGGCGAAGGGGAGGGGGGCGAGCCAUCGCUCACCAAGGAGAAGGCGAAGGAGAUUCUUGAUGCUUUCACACGAGGUUGGAAGGAAGAGUUUGUUCGUCUCAAGAGACUUCUCCAAGACAACAUCGCGAGGGUUGAGAAUGAGUUUCUGUUGGCGAAGAAAGCUUUCAUGCACAUGCACCUCAUCGUGACUAGAUUUCUCAAGACAGUCAAUGACAUGUAUGAAGUAGAGUUGCUCCCAAACUCAACCAGCGACAUCGAGCAGAAUUUAUUCCAACAAUUUGAAGAGAUCUUCAAGUUGGAGGAGGAGGAUGCUGGGAUAUAAGAUGACGUUGCGGGUUGUUGUUGCGUAGCUGCUUGUCAUCAAUAUUCUUCUUAAUCAGC